AACACAAGAAACUUAGAGAAAGACAUCUCUCUCUCUCUAUCUCUCUCUCUCUCUCUCUCCGAUCCUCAAACACCCUCUUGUCUCUAUGGAGACGCCGCAACCCACAGAAGCAGUUGCUGAAUCCUUCCCGGAGCCACAGUUGGAUUUGACCAACCUCGAAGGUGAUGAUGACAUCAACACCAAAGCCAACGGUGAUGAUGAAAGCAACACCAAAGCCAACGGUGAUGAUGACAACAACACCAAAGCCAACGGAUCAACCGAUCCGGAGGACCAGCCUUUCGAGAGUGAACCCUUGGAGAAGAUGUUGAACUACGUGUUCAAAGACAAGAACUUGUUGAAGAAAGCGUUCACAGACUCUACUUACGUUGAGAAAAAGUACAAUUCGUACGAUCUCCUAGAGCUUUUAGGAGAUGCUGUCCUAAAUCUGGUCGUAAUCUAUGAGUUUGUUAAACUCUACCCUAAAGAAUCAUCUGGUCCGUUGACCAAGCUCCGAGCCGUCAACGUUGACACAGACAAAUUGGCUCGCGUCGCUGUCAAACACGAAAUCUAUCGUUUCCUCCGUCACAAGAAACCCACGCUUAAGGAGGAAAUACAGGAAUUUGUGGAAGCAAUAAAAGAGCAUCCAAUACAUUCGCAUGGUCUUUUGCACGUCCCUAAGUCUCUAGCAAACAUAGUAGAGUCGACCACUGGAGCUAUCUUCAUGGACUGUGAGUCCAUCAAAACCGUCUGGGAGGUGAUGAAACCAAUUAUGGAACCAAUAAUACCUUUGGACAAAUUGGAGCAGCAUCCAAUGACAGAACUCAAUGAGUUGUGUCAGAAGAGGAAACUGAAACUGAGUUCCGUAGACACCUGGGAAGAAGAUAAGACUUACAAGUUCAUGAUUGAGGAUAAGGUUGUUGGGUGUGGAGCACAUCUUAACAAGAAGGAAACUGCUCGUUAUCGUGCUGCACAAAAUGCUGUCGAGAAUUUCUCUAAGGUUUUCGGAGACCUUUAGGGAUCAUAUCUAUCUUUUGUAUCAGUUUUAAAUUUCUCUAAUAUUGUCUUUGUAUUCGAAUCCAUUUGAAUAAAGUAAUCUUUUCAUUUUUCUUA